AUGGCCCAACUCGAACCAUACAAAGGAACCUACUACCUCUGGAAAUACGUGCCCUCCAUUCCAGCAGCGGUCAUCUUCGCUCUCCUCUUCCUGCUCCCAACACUCUUCCACAUCUGGAAAAUAUGCAAGACGCGAGCACGAUUCUGCAUCCCCUUCGCUAUCGGCGGAGUGUUCGAGGUCCAAGGCUACAUAAUCCGCGCCAUCGCCCACAACCGCACAUCCCAACUCAUCCCCUACAUCCUCCAAAACAUCCUCAUCCUACUCGCGCCCGUCCUCUUCGCCGCCUCCAUCUACAUGGCGCUGGGCCGCAUCAUCCGCAGCGUCCCCGGUGGAGCGCAACACGCACUCAUCCGGCCCGCCUGGCAGACAAAGGUCUUCGUGAUGGGCGACAUUGUGUCGUUUAUCGUGCAGGGGUCCGCGGCGGGGAUGAUGGGGAAGGGCGAAAAGGCCGGGAUGGCGAAUAAUAUUGUUAUUGGGGGGUUGGUGGUGCAGGUUCUUUUGUUGGGGGGGUUUAUGGUGAGUGCUGUUGUUUUUGAGGGGAGGGUGAGGAGGGCGGAGUCUACUGGUUCUGCUGGUGGGGAGGAUAAGGAUGGGAGUGAAGGGGGUGAGUGGAAGAGGCAUUUGAGGGUGCUUUAUGUGGUGAGUGCGCUUGUGUUAGUGCGGUCUGUGAUUCGGGUGGUCGAGUAUGCGAUGGGGCAGGAGGGCUAUUUGCUUGCGAAUGAGUGGUGUGUGUAUGUUUUUGAUGGGCUGUUGAUGCUGGUUGUCAUGGUUGUUUGGGGCGUGUGGCAUCCGGGGUCGAUUGUCAAUACGGAGGGGGGGUUUGUUGGUGUUGAUGGGGAGGGAUUCAAGAUGGGGGAGACUUCGAGACGGGGGUAUAGUGCUGUUUGA